CACACGCGCAAGGAUAUAGAGCUGCUGCUGGGUCGUAAGCAGGUGCAUAAUGCAAAGAAAAUUCCGGAAUGCAGAAAGAAUAAUGUCUUAGCUUUUGGACUGUUAUUCUUCCGACCACAGAGGACUGGUCUGUCGUCAGCUGCUGCCUGACUAAUGUCACGAACAUUGACAGCUGCUAGAAGAUCUCUUGAGUGACUUCAGUCUUUUUCCAAUUAAGAAGACAUCGCUCUUGUCCAUUGUGCCAUGUCGGGUACUUACACACCAGCCCCCGGAGGCCCUUUCUCCGCACUCACCCCCAGCAUGUGGCCGCAGGACAUUUUAGCCAAGUAUCAUCAAAAAGAUACAUCUGAACAACAUGAACUCCAAUAUGAUGAGUUUGGUUUCAAGGUGGAUAUUGAAGUGGGUGUGGAGCCAAAGUCUUGGUUAGGUACAGACGGCUCCCCCCAGCGUGAAAACCCCCAACAGAGACUGCGAUGGCAAGCACACUUAGAGUUCACUCACAACCACACAGUGGGGGAUCUGACCUGGGACCUCAUUGACCCAGUUCUUCCUCGUUCAGAGCGACUGCGUUCCCUGGUUCUUGGCGGGAUUCCUCACAGCAUGAGGCCGCAGCUAUGGAUGCGUCUGUCGGGAGCGCUGCAGAAGAAGAGGACCUCUGAGAUCUCCUACCGGGAAAUCAUCAAGAACAGCACCAAUGAUGACAGCACCACGUCUAAACAGAUCGAGAAGGACUUGUUAAGGACCAUGCCAACCAACGUGUGUUUCAAUAGCAUGACCAGUGUGGGGGUGCCGAGGCUGAGGAGAGUGCUGAGAGGUCUGGCCUGGCUGUACCCAGACAUCGGCUACUGUCAGGGGACUGGCAUGGUGGUUUCCUGUCUCCUGCUGUUCCUGGAAGAGGAAGACGCCCUCUGGAUGAUGUGCGCUCUGAUUGAAGACCUUCUUCCUCCCGCCUACUUCUCCUCAACCCUGCUGGGGGUGCAAACAGAUCAGCGCGUCCUCCGCCAGCUCAUCGUCCAGUACCUGCCGGCUCUUGAUCGCCUCCUGCUGGAGCACGACAUCGAGCUGUCUCUGAUCACUCUGCACUGGUUUCUGACGUCGUUCGCCAGCGUGGUGGACAUCCGUCUGCUGCUGCGGAUCUGGGAUUUACUCUUCUACCAGGGGUCGCUGGUCCUCUUCCAGGUCACUCUGGGGAUGCUGAAGAUCCAGGAGGAGGAACUGGUGUCGUCCGAAAACUCUGCUUCCAUUUUCAACACUCUGUCAGACCUUCCCAGCCAGCUGAGGGAUGGACCCGCUGUGCUCGGGGAGGCCAUGCGGCUUGCGGGGUCCCUGACCCAGGAUACCCUCGAGGCUCACAGACACAAGCACUUGGCUUACAUUCUCAACGAACAAGCCCAGCUCAAGAGUGGAAACAACUCCACUCUCAACUGUAACCUGAAUAAGGUUGUGAGGAGACAAUCGCUGCGUCGAAAAUCUACUCUGAGCUCCCUGCUGUUCGGGGAGGACGAGGCCGAGACCCUGAAGUCCAAGAAUAUUAAGCAGACGGAGCUGGUGGCUGCCCUCAGGGAGGCAAUAACCCAGACUGCAGAGCAUUUUCACUGUCUAGACCCGCGACACUCCAGCACUGAAUUGACUCCAGAUUACUCAAUGGAGAGUCACCAGCGAGACCACGAGAACUUCCUCGUGGUAUCCCGCAACCGCCGGAGACGAGCAAAGGCGCUGCUGGACUUCGAGAGACACGAUGACGACGAACUGGGCUUCAGGAAAAAUGACAUCAUCACCAUCAUCUCUCAGAAGGAUGAGCAUUGCUGGGUCGGUGAGCUGAACGGGCUCAGAGGGUGGUUUCCUGCUAAAUUUGUGGAGAUACUCGAUGAAAGAAGCAAAGAGUACUCAUUAGCAGGUGACGAUUCGGUGACAGAAGCCGUGACAGAUCUGGCCAGAGGGACUCUGUGCCCGGCCCUGAAGGCCAUCUUUCAACACGGGCUGAAGAAGCCGUCGAUACUGGGGGGACCCUGCCACCCUUGGUUGUUCAUCGAGGAGGCGGCCAGCAGAGAAGUGGAGCGGGAUUUUAACUCUGUGUACUCCAGGCUGGUGCUGUGCAAAACAUACAGAUUAGAUGAAGAUGGGAAGGUUCUCACGCCCGAGGAGCUGCUGUACAGAGCGGUGCAGUCGGUCAACAUGAGCCAUGACGCCGCACACGCUCAGAUGGACAUUAAGUUCAGGUCCCUGAUCUGUGUGGGACUCAAUGAGCAGGUGCUGCAUUUAUGGCUGGAGGUGUUGUGCUCCAGCAUGGCUGCGGUGGAGAAGUGGUACCAUCCGUGGUCCUUCCUCCGCAGCCCAGGGUGGGUGCAGAUCAAGUGUGAGCUCAGGGUUCUAUCCAAGUUUGCCUUCAGCCUCUCUCAAGACUGUGAGCUGCCGGAGAAGAAGGAGGAGAAAGAGCAGAGACCGUUGAAAGAAGGAGUGCAGGACAUGCUGGUCAAACAUCACCUCUUCAGCUGGGACAUUGAUGGUUGAACACACUUGUGUGUGUGCGCGUGCUCAUGUGUGUGUGUGUAUGUCCCCUUGGUCAUCAUUUACCUGUAUCAAGUUAGUAGGAAGCUCACAGACUUCUUCUGUUACAUGGCCUGGAAAGCUAUAUAGGAAACGUCACGUGGCAUUGUUUAAGUAAUGUAUUGGACAUUCACUGUAUGUGCGUCACGGCACGUACUGGUCCGGCACUUUUGCACACUUGUUGUAAGGAACGUCUUACAAAACUAAAAGCAGUGAAGAAUACGGUGUACACACUGGACCCAUGAGGUGAACUGCGUCUGGACAGAAGUCGCUUUCAUCUCAUUCCUGCUGUGUUGUGAAGCUCUGUCCUUCGCAUGGGUCGAUGUACAACACAGUUUAUUGGACUCCCAAUUCCACCACAUUCCUGAGCAUGUAGCUGGAAGGAACAUAUUUUUGAGACUGCUACAUACCUCACUUCAGAUUGCACAUACCAAAUACAGCCUUCUCGAACGUGCGGCGCUCGAGUCCACUCUUCUGACUGUAUAUUUCACCCACAAAUCUAAAUAUACCUUUCUUUCUUUUGUAUAAAUAUGUUCAAGCUAAGGAAUAUUUUUGGUCUAAAUUUCUUCAUCUGAGCAGCACGUAUAUUAAAAACAGCAUUCAAACGUUGUGAAGUCUUUUGACUGUCUUUCAUAUUUCGGAUUUUAACUUUGGGUUGCCAAUUCAAGUCUUCUGCUUAGUUCCUGCAUGUGGCCGUGGGGUGCUGCUGCCCCCCUUCAGCCCUGUUCUGCGAACAAGCAGGACACGAUCAGUGAAUUUACAACAAAUCGAGUCAAACUUCUGAAGUGGUGGUAACCGGUUAGAGUGAGCCUGAGUCCUUU